AUGGAAAGAGCCAGGCGAAGGGGAGGCGGCGGCGGCGGCGGCCGUGGCCGCGGCGGCAAGAAUGUAGGGGGCUCUGGCCUAAGCAAGAGUAGACUCUAUCCCCAGGCCCAGCACCCCCUACCCCACUACGCGGCUUCAGCCACCCCUAGUCAGGCUGGGGGCGCCGCCGAAAUCCAGGAGCUGGCCUCUAAACGAGUGGACAUCCAGAAAAAAAGGUUUUACCUAGACGUGAAGCAAAGCUCCCGGGGCCGGUUCCUAAAGAUAGCCGAAGUCUGGAUAGGGAGAGGCCGGCAAGACAAUAUCAGAAAGAGUAAACUGACCCUCUCCCUGUCUGUGGCAGCGGAGCUGAAGGACUGCCUAGGGGACUUCAUCGAGCACUAUGCCCACCUGGGCCUGAAAGGCCACCGACAAGAGCAUGGUCACGGCAAAGAGCAAAGCUCCAGGAGGAGACAGAAGCACUCAGCACCCUCCCCACCAGUCUCUGUAGGCUCCGAAGAGCAUCCUCACAGUGUCCUCAAGACAGACUACAUAGAGAGGGACAAUAGGAAAUAUUAUCUAGACCUAAGAAAUCAGAGGGGUCGCUUCCUAAGGAUUAGACAAACCAUGAUGCGGGGCACUGGCAUGAUAGGUUAUUUUGGCCACACUUUGGGCCAAGAACAGACUAUUGUCCUCCCAGCACAAGGGAUGAUUGAGUUUCGAGAUGCCUUGGUUCAGCUCAUUGAAGACUAUGGCGAAGGGGACAUAGAAGACCGCAGAGGUGGAGACGAUGACCCAGUGGAACUCCCAGAGGGGACUUCUUUCAGAGUGGACAAUAAAAGGUUCUACUUUGAUGUGGGCUCUAAUAAAUAUGGAAUUUUCCUGAAGCUCACAAAUUACCCUAAAUCCAGAGAGAAUAUCAACCCUUUUCACUGUUGUCAAAACCAGCAUAAGGAACAGCCCUAUGACACUACAAAAACAGUUGAGGAAUAAGUCUCUUAUGUUACACCUCAGAAUAAAGGCAUUCGGUGAAAGAAAUGAACCGAAGUUCAUCGUGAAUGCAAGGCUUCUGUACUAGACAUUCCUCCACAGAAGGGAAGACAAGUGUCGACACCAUUGGCAUCAUUUUCAAACUGCUCUUAUGUGGGAUAUCUUCCACCACAGUGGAAGACUUCUUGACUCUACCAGGCUGUUUUGUUUUGUUUUGUUUUGUUAAUUCAUCUAGCCAUUCCAUUUUCAAAAAAAAAAAAUUGUCAGCAUUAAGGUAGAGAGACAGAUUUGAAAAUACUUUCUUAAGAGAUCAUGUAACUAUAUAACUCUGAAUUUAAAAAUUGAGGAGGAGGGAUUUUUUUCAACCCACUGCCUCUUACAAGAAACAUGUUUUUUAAAUCUGUAACUGCUUUAGUGUUAACAGGGUACAAAGUGUUUUUUGUCCUGUAUUGUUCUUUAAAGGUUCUCAUUGAUUGGUGAUUGUACUGUACUGUAUGAAAACAAGUCAUAAAUUGCCUUGUAUUGUUUCUAAUAGACCAUACCAUGUACUACUUCAGUUUUCAUGUUCCAGAUUUUUCAGUGAUGCAUGUUAACAGUUAGGUCCUAAAAUUCUGUGGUGCUAAUUCUUCCAUAUCCAAUGGUGCUUCUGUGGAUGCUAACUGCACACAUGCUGAACAAAGCUUGAAGUUUAAAACUUUCCUUCCUUCCUCUGUUUAUAUCAAGUACAAUAAAAUAACUUGAAUUUGUCUCAAAGUAUCACUGACAAUCUAAUAAAUUGAUUUAUAUGUGUGAUUA